CGUAUAUAUAAUAUGGAUAGUACUAAUUACUAUUUGUAGCCUCUAAUUCUUCUCCUAUUGCCUCCACUUUAUUGCAUACAUUUUUAUACUGUAUUCCUAUGAAUACAAUAUUUUAGGAUCUCCGUUUUGACAGUUAAGUUUUUUAAGUUUGAUUAAACUGGAACUUGUCCCCAUUUGACUAAAGGCUUUUCUUUGUUAUUGGCCAUACAAAUAUAUUUCAGUAAGUAAGAAAACCCUUUUUCAAUAAGCUGAAAUAUGGCUUCCAAUGAGGCUUGUUUGUGAGAUUAAAGUACAUUUUGAAAGCAGCAUUGAACAUGUAUUAAACAUACUUUUUAUUAAGCCUACUUUCUGUAUGAAAAAUGUGUUUUAAUUAGUCUGAUGUAUAAUUCUAAUCUUAAAUGUCAGGUUUUCAUUAGCUGUAAGUGGAAAAUCAUCAUAGUUAACAAAAACGAAGGCUUGAAAACAGUCUGUGUAGUUACUAUAUAUGGGUUUCACUUGUAAUAUUGAGUUGCUGGAAUAAAUUAACUUUUCAAUAAUAUUGAAAUUUAUUAAAUGUCUCUGUAAGUAAAGAAUAAAGGAAAUAAAACAAAACUAAACUCUUAAAGUGAAUUUCUGUAUGAAGCAAAAAUAAAUGUUUUAUUUACAUUAUUAACAUUCUGAUCCCGACCCCACUAGGGAUGAGGGUGUUAGAAAAUGGAUGGAUGGAUGGACAUUUUGACAAGGUUAUCCCUUACCUUGUCAAAAUGUUUGUCUCUUAAAGGAUUUUGAUUUUAUUUAAGUCUGGGGAAAAAAGAGGGAAUGUCCAAUAGUUUAUAAAAAACACAGUCAGUACUUGCAGUUAAUUGUUAAAUAGCUUAUUAAACAAAAUAUUGCUGCAGUUUUUUGCAGUGUAACUUUACAAACGGCACCCUAUUUAAAUCAUUACAUACAUUAGAAUGUAUACAAUGAUUUAAAAAGUGUAAUAGCGCAACACUUACCUCUUUUAAAAAUAUCUUUAUUUUCUGCGUACGUUUUAUUCGGAAAAGCCAAUAAAAGGAAGUAGUUUUUCGAAAUGGAACUUUACUUGCCUUUCAUUGGUUAAUGAGGAGGAAGUCACCGGAAGUCAGCAAUGUAGCUUGACUGGCUAAGUCCCGAAACGGAAAACCUCUUAAGAGGUUGUGUGAAACCACAAUUGUUUAUGCCUCUGAUUUCCUAUCUAUCAGUCGCAGUGAUCACAUCGCUCCCAAAUAAUUGUUCUAAAUCGCUGUGAUAUUUAUAGCCGACUUUAUGUACAGAAUGCCAUUAGCCUUCAAUAGCAAAGUAGAGCUACAGCAGCUAACAACAGAGACGGAUGAUGCUAUUUAGGAUGUUGAAGCUUUUAAAUGUUUGUAAUUUAGUGCUACAAGACGAGCCUGUGCUCCACCCUCUGGGGAUUACCACCUCGUCCGUGGACACCUCCACUGUCCUUUUCAGCUGAGAACCGAGAGACUUGUAACAACCAGAACUACUGACCAAGACAACAGAACAACAGAUGACAUGGCUGAAACCUUGAUUUAGUAGAAUGUGUGAAGGUUGAAGACAAAGAUUGUGAAAAGGAGAAUCCCAGGUGGAGCGAGGAUGUCUGAGAUAAAGAAGGUUGAAGCUGGUGAGUUUGGAGGGUUCCGCUCAGAGCCCCUCCUAUCUGCAGCAUCCACAUCAGAAGAGGAGGAGGAGACACAAGACAACAAAGAGUUCAUUCAUCAAAUGUUGGUGAUUAAAGUGGUUCCUGAUGACUGGAGUCCCAGUUCGGACCAACCCAACCCAGAUUUUACCUCCAUAAAAGAGGAAGAGGAGGAACUGGGGGUCAGUCAAGAAGAAGAGGAGCUUACUACGAAGAGUAAAGAUGAAAAGAAACCCCAGUUAUCAGUUCGUCAGAUCAAAACUGAAGACAUUAUGGAGACAGAGGCUCCUGACAGGAGCUCAACUGAAGAGCUAAAAAUGGACUCUGACGAAGACAACUGUGGUGAACCAGAAAGAGACAAUAUCACAGAUCCAGUGUGUUCUUACCAACAUCGUAAGAUAACAGUUCACAGAAGUGAAAAAACAUCUAAAUUGUGUUCCAAACUUAUGGCUCAGACUGGAUUACACACUGGAGAAAAGCCCUUUAGUUGCCAUGUCAGUGGUAAACGAUUCAAACAUAAGGCCAAUUUUAAACACCAUAUGAAAAUUCACAUUGAAAACAGAGAACAUAACUGUCAACUUUGUGGUAAAGGAUUUAAAGCUAAGCAUUUUCUUCAAACGCAUAUGAGGCUUCACACCGGAGAAAGGCCAUUUGCAUGCGAUGAUUGUGGGAGAAGGUUUCAUGCUAAGGCAGUUCUUAAAAGUCACCUGGAGGUUCACUCUGGAGAAAGGGCUUUUUCCUGUGACAUUUGUGGUUCAAGAUAUAAAAGGAAGGAAACUCUUAAGAAGCACAUGUGGGUCCACACGGCAGAGAGACCCUUUGUUUGUAGAGUUUGCAGUAAAGGAUUUUAUCAUCAAAACAGUCUAAGGAUUCACAUGAAUGCUCACACAGGACAGAGACGGUUUAUAUGCAGCGUUUGUAGUAAAGGAUUUGCAGAACAAGAGACUCUGAAGAGACACAUGCGUGUUCACACGGGAGAGAAGCCGUUUAUUUGUGGUUUCUGCUGCAAAGGAUUUUCACAACAGAUUCAUUUAAAGAGACACAUGCGUGUUCACACCGGUGAGAAGCAGUUUAUUUGCAUUGUUUGUAGUAAAGAGUUUUCUCAACAGCAUCAUCUGAAAAACCACAUGGAAGUUCAUACCGCCUCAUUUAGCUGCAGUGAUUGUAGUAAGCGUUUUGUGAAGGAAAUCCAGUUACAACGACAUGCCAGAGUUCACACAGAGGAGAGGCCGUUUGGUUGUGAUGUCUGUAAAAGCAGAUUUAAUCAAAAGUGUCAGCUUGAAAAUCACAUGAGAGUGCAUUCGGGAGAGAAACCAUUUGUCUGUGAUGUUUGCAGUAAAGGGUUUUCCCAACAAGGAAAUCUGAAGCGACACAUGGUUGUUCACAAGGUCUGCAACUAAUGAUUAUUUUGAUAGUUGAACAAUAUGCCAGUAAUUUUCAAGUUUUCAGCAACUACCUUUAUUUUGCAAGUUAUCGAUGCUCCAAUGCCUCUGAAUUUAUGAAAAAAUUCAUCUUAAACUAAAAUGGACUUGUGAAUCUCUACUUUGCUUUGAUCAGCUGUAGGUCAAAAUCUUAAACUCUUAAAAACACGUCAGAACUGAAUUAAAUUUUUUUUACUUGUUACAGCAAAAAGAUGAAAAAAGUAAAAUGGGUUAUUUUCAACAACACUUUUUACUAUGACUGCCAAUGACAAUAUUUUUCCUUCCUGUACAGUAGUUUAAUUUAAUAUAUCACUGUUUAUGUACCUCAGAAUAACACGUAAACAAAGAUUUGCACUUAAAAGUACAAAUGGUAUGUAUUUCUAUCGCUCCAUUAUUGCAAAGAAAUUAUGUAUUUCCACAUAAAAAGCCAGAGUUCUCAGAAUCUCAAAUAUUAAGAGUAUAGAGCUAGAAAAUCCAAAUAGACCCUGAUAUCAUCAUGAGUAAAAUACCUAAAGCAAAUGAAUUGAUCUCUUUAAUACCCUCUGUGGCUUCUGUCUUGUAUUUUAUGUUCAUUGGACUUGAGACGAUUCUUGUCCGUGAUUGGUGGAGGCAGAAGGCAAAUUUGUGACCUGAGAAGAGGAUUACUUUAUGAUGGACCAAAUAUAUGUAAAUAGUUUUUAUACUGGCUUAUGAUCAAUUCACAAUCUAUGAUCACCAUCCCUCUGUUACAGGUGGAAAUUUGCAUUUUUUGCUACACCCUGUUACCAUGCAUCUUUCCUUUGAAAAGAUUAAUUAAACAUUGUACGCUGUGUCUAUAAAUAAAAACGGUCUAAAGUGA